AUGUGCCUAGACAAUGACUCCCACACCAACAAGCUCAUGUGUGAGGAGAUCACCGUUAUUCCCGGCAAGAAGCCCCUCAGCAAGAUCACGGGCUAUGUCACACAUCUGAUGAAAUGGAUUGAGAGGGGCCCAGUGAGUGGUAUCUUCAUCGAUCUGCAGGAGGAGGAGAGAGAAAAGAGGGAUGAUUUUGUUGCUCAGGUCUCCACCCUGGAUCAGGAAAUCAUUGAAGUCGAUCCUGACACUAAGGAAAUGUUGAAAUUCUUAGACUUAGUCUGUCCAAACUGCAGGUCCCUCAGCCUACAGUUGGAAUGAAUUCCAAAACACCAUGUGGAACCUUGAACAACAACAAUGACAAAUUCCCAAAACAGAUAAGGAAAUGUUGUGAUUUACCAUGAUAGAGAAUCAGCAAACACAAUCGUGGCUAAAUGAAAUGAUAAAUAACCAAACCAGACAAAAUAAAACAAGUAAACAGAAACUACAUAGAACUCUCUGGGAGAGACUAUAAAAUAAUAUUGUAAAUGAUUACAGAGAUGAAGGAACAGAAACCAUAAGGAAAUAACUUUCAAAAAAGAAACUGGAAGAUCCUAUAAAAAGAGAUUAGAUUAGCAAUUUUAAAACUUCCCACAAAACAAAGUUCAGACCUAGUUGGCCUCCCUGGCAAAUGCUACUAAACAUUCAAAGAAAAAUAAAUACCAAUUCUUCAUAAACUUUUCCAAAAAUAGAAGAUGAGGGAACACUUCCCAAUUCCUUCUAUAGGGUCAGUUAUUGCCCAGUUAUCAAAACCAGUCAAAGACAUCACAAGAAAACAACACACCAAUGUUCUUUAUGAUAUAGAUGUGAGAGUCAUCAACAAAAUACUAGCAA